CGCUUUCGUUCAGAUCUAUGCAUAAUCCCGCCUACUUCUGUUUUUACACCAAACCUAAAACGCGCAGAUGACCGGUGCAUCGCAGCGAGCCGGGCGUUAGAAAAAAAUAGUAUGGGAGAUAUAUGUUUUAUUACAGUUGGCUGGUUAUACUGUAUUACCACUGAAAUGGAAUAUGCUGGUAGGUGGGGUUUCUGGCAACAGGUGAGACGUACACGUCUUUGGCAUCACAGUACAGAGUUGGCGUGACUACCUUGUCCAAAAUUGUACCUGAGGUAUGUGAGGCUAUCUGGAUUACGAUGCAGGAACACUUCAUGCCUUUCCCUAAAACUAGUGAAGAGUGGCGUGCAAAAGCUGUGAAUUUUGCUCAAAGGUGGGACUAUCCACAAUGCAUAGGUGCCAUAGAUGGGAAGCAUGUACUAAUUGAAGCCCCAGCCAACACAGGGUCUCAGUACUGCAACUACAAGCACACAUUUUCAGUGGUGCUACUAGCUUUGAUUGAUGCACAUUACAGUUUCAUCUACAUUGAUAUAGGAGCAUAUGGAAAACAAUCUGAUGGUGGUAUUUAUUCUGCUUCAACGUUGGAAAGAGCAUUGUCACCUCCAAAUUCACUGCAGUUACCCAAGGAUGAUGUUAUUAAUGGGGAUGAGGAAUUAGGUCCAAUGCCCUAUGUGGUAGUAGCAGACGAGGCUUUUCCGUUGCAACGACAUAUGAUGAGGCCCUAUCCAGGAAAAAACACAAGUGAGGAACAAGACGUCUACAACUACCGCCAUAGUCGUGCAAGAAGAAUUGUAGAGAAUGCCUUUGGGAUUUUAUCACAAAGAUGGCGAAUGUACCACACUAAAAUUGCAGUUAUGCCAGAUAGUGUCAAUUGUUAAGGCAACAACUGUGCUGCACAAUAUGUUACAAAGAAAAUCUAAGACAACCACAGAAUUGUUGGAUGACACCAGUUGUGACCAAGCAGCAGGCCUUCAACCACUAGAUAGAUUGGGCACAAGAGGCACAGCUGAGGCAAUACAGAUAAGAGAAAUGUUUACCAGAUAUUUUAACAGACAUCCUUUACCAUGGCAAGUACAAUAUGUUCGAAGAGGACUAAAUAUGUAAAGCACUAUGUACCUUGGAGUAUCUGGUUCUUGGUAUGUCUCUGCAGCACUUUCCUCCUCCAUUUCAUCGUGACUAUAGCGGGAUUCCUCUCCUUCUGAAGAACUUCUGAAGAUAAUCUUUAUUCCGUCUUUCUUUUAAAAUGUUCCUUAUAAACGUAUUGUUUUUCCUAAGUUGGUUAUUAUGAAAGUGAAGGUAUUUGUUUUUAGAGUUAAGAAUUAGAGGUUGAGUUAUAAAAUACAUUAAAAUGUAGUAUAAAUAUAAAUACGCACCUCCGCCCAGACACAUGAUCAACCAGAAAUGUCAACUGGUCAUACAAUGGCCAUUUGUUGAUAGUUUUAGCUGCCAAACCGCUCUUACACAUGGCAAUUUCUCUCCUUUUUUUGGUGAAAGCGUCAAGCUUUUGCUUCCAAACUUUCUUCCAGUCAUCCCCUGAAAUACAUUUUGUUUCAAGUAUAUAUUUUAAUAGCAUAGCCCAGAACAGAACAUGGUAAAUAAUAUAAUGGAAUAUGCAAUACAAUAUAAUAACAUAUUUUAAAAUACAUGUUAAAUGAAUUGAAAGCCAUGUAUUACUGUUAUUUCGAUGUCAAGGUCCUCGUGUGGGAGAGAGAGAGAGAGAGAGAGAGAGAGAGAGAGAGAGAGAGAGAGAGAGAGAGAGAGAGAGAGAGAGAGAGAGAGAGAGAGAGAAGCAAAACAGGUAACUGGUGUAGUUUACAGAGCGAGCAUUCACUCAUGGUGCAGUACAGUAAGCCACAAUUGUACUGGGGUAUCUAUAGCCACAGAUGACAUAGCAACAAUCUCGGAAACCAUUCUUUAUUUUCUAUGCUUAUUAUAUGCCGACGAUACUGCGCUUCUCGCAACAAACGCCUUCGAUUUACAACAAUCCCUUAAUGCCUUUUUACAAUAUUGCAAUAAAUGGAAACUUAAAGUUAACGUAAACAAAACUAAAAUAAUAAUUUUUAAUGGUACUGCUACUGACUACAAGAAGGUAUUUACAUUAGGAAACCAAACACUCGAAAACGUAAAAGAGUACAAAUAUUUAGGGUUAACUUUUACCAAAUUAAAUAGGUUUAAAAUCACCAAAAAACUGCUAACACAAAAGGCGACAAAAUCAAUGUACUUUAUCCUAUCAAAAUCUAAAGACAAUAACUUUUCAGUUGAAUGUAAAUUAAAAUUAUUUGAUUCCAUGGUUGUCCCGAUUCUUUUAUAUGGAUGUGAAAUAUGGGGCCAUGAAAAUAUUGAUAUUAUUGAAGCUAUUCAUAUUAAAUUUUUAAAACACAUCCUACCAGUAAGGAAAGGAACCCCACUAUUCAUGAUAUACGGUGAACUUGGAAGAAAACCCCUUAAAUUAAUUAUCCAACAAAGGAUGAUAAGUAUCUGGUCCCGAAUUGUUUCUGGAAAACAAACAAAAACAUCCUUCUUAUUGUAUAAACUAAUGUUACACGACUCUAACAUAUCUGGAUAUAAUUAUAAGUGGAUAAAACACGUGGAAAAUAUAUUUAACCAACUAGGUAUGACCAGUAUUUGGAUGUCACAAAACGUUUCAUCUAUACCACUACUUAUUCAUCACGUUAAAUUGAGACAAAACGAUCAGUACCUACAACAAUGGAAUAGCGACAUAGCUUCAUCAUCAAGGGGUGAAAUGUACACCACAUUUAAAGAACACCUAACAUUAGAAAAAUAUAUUAUAAAAUUACCACAAAUAUCCUGGACUACGUUACUAAAAUUUAGAACAUCAAACCAUUACUUACCAAUCGAAUCAGGACGAUGGAACAACACCCCAGUAGAAAGCAGACUAUGUACACUAUGUAACAAAAAUGACAUCAGAGACGAAUUUCACUAUCUACUUACAUGCUUUUUUUUUUAAUAACUCCCGAAAAAAAUUGUUAAAGCCAUAUUAUUAUAACAAACCCAAUAUACUGAAAUUUAAACAAUUAAUGACAAAUGACAAAAUAAGUCUUCUAAAAAGGUUGUGCAAAUUAAUAAAGAAAUUACGGAUAAAUUCGGUAAACCUUAAAAAGAAUUGUCUUCCAAGCUUAUGCUGUCUUAUUCCGACUACUACUAUCCGUGUUUGCAUAUAUAUAUAUGUAUAUAUGUAUGUAUGUGUGUGUAUAUAUAUAGAAAUAUAUUUCAUUUUGUAUUAUUAUUAUUAUUAUUAGAAAUUUUUGUUUUGAUAUUGUACAUGUAAAUUUUCUCCUGUAAACCCCAUCUUGUCACUCAUAUAAUUAUUGUUAAUAUACCUCAUAUGCCGCUGAAUAGCGGCCUGAGUGAAAUAAAGUUCUGUUCUGUUCUGUUC